ACAGAUCGUCAUGUGACCGGAAGUUGGAGUUGAGGCGGGUUGUCUGUGAGCAGUUUUAAAGUAACAACAAGCUGGUCCGGGUCCUGAUCUAUGGUCCUGAUUGAUACAGUGUGUAGCUGGGUCGUUUCGGACCUUGUCUCCCACAGUUUAACUCAAAUCUGUCUCUGCAGGUUUAAACACACGAGAGAAGUUAAACCGACAGACUGCUGGAGACUGAAGCUCUGAUUUAAAACCUGCAGAAACAGUGUUAGCUCAGUAGGCUAGCUGUGUCUAAGUAUCUGAUGUUUUCAUCCUUGAAGGUGAUCCCUCUUUCGGGGUGCUGCUAGCCAAAGUGUCUCUCUCAAAGGCUGGAGACAUGCUGGCAUGGCUUCUUUAAAGGCUGAAAGAGUCCCUCAUCAUGGAUGACUCGGACCAGGACUUUGUAGACCUCUGCUCAAAGCUGCUAAAACGAGUGCGCAAGAAACCAAAUGAGUCCAGACAGGCAAGGAAAGCCGAGCCCCCCAGCCAGGCAGGCGAUGGAGACAAGUGCAAGAGGACCAACAAAAGACAUGGAGACUCUGGGUCUAAGUGUGCAGGGACCCAGCCUAUGUGUAACGGAGCAGAGGCAGAUCCGCCUGUUGAGGUCUGUGGAGGACUGGAUUCAGGGGAUGCUGGGGCAUCCGGGGUACCUGAGGCUGCAGCAGCUGGGCUGAGAGAGGAGAGUGGUUUGUCUGCAAAAGAUAAAGUUCUCCUCAAGAUGCAGAAGUUCAAGAGAGUUGAUCCACAAAGGAUAGUCCACAAGAGCCAAACAACAGAGCAUGAAGACGUCUGUGAUCCGCCUCAUCCCCCGGCACCAAGUCAGGAUGCCCCAGAACCCUUCAGCUCAGACCUCCACCCUGUACCCCAGGACAGUGAUGAGGCUCUGGCUCUGCGCCUGCAGCAGGAGCUGGACCAGGAGGCAGCAGAAGCUCAGCCGGUGGACCUUGAAGAAGGAGGCCUUUUCUUCUGUCAGAUCUGCCACAAAGACCUGUCGCAUAUGACUCCAGAGGGUCGCACGCAGCACCUCAACAGGUGUUUAGAUGAGAGUGAACAGAGUGCCCAAGCACCUCCACCCCCUCCUCCUCUUCUUCCUCCCCCUCCUCCUCCUCCUCCUGGUGUGCCUGACUGUCCCAUCUGUGGCAAGAAGUUCAAGUCCCAGAAGAGUCGCUUGGCCCACCUGAAGCGCUGCUCCACGGACUUGGGUGUCUCUCCGGCUCUGCUGAUGCAGGCUGUGCAGAGACAGGCUGAGGAGACACAGAUCAUCGCCCCCGCUGCUAACACACUCUUACAGACUGGAGGCACCAAAAGAAAAGGUCCCUCCAAACCCAGUCUGCCAGCAAGGAAGAAGCCGAGGAAGAAGAUUCAACCUCUGGAUGAAGACACCAUGGUGGCCAUGGCUCUGUCAUCCUCCCUGCUGGAGCAGCAGAGGGAGUCAGAGAGACACACAGAGACUGCUGCCUCACAUACAUCCGUGACUUCAAGGCUUAAGUGGAGGCCAGACAACAUAGGUAAGGGGCGUGGGAAGAAGAAAAGGGGUGCAGUGCCUCCCCCUCCUUCGCUCCUCCUCGUUCAGGACGCUAACACGGCUCUGACAAAGCUGCAGGAACGCGUCUCUGCUCUUCUCCUGCGCAGCCGGCCCCCCUCUCCUCCCACCCCGACACGCUGUCCCAGCACCUUGCCUGGCGUGAGUGGUGCCGCCCCCCUCUGGCAGAGGAGCACACUUCUGGAUGGAAGCUCCACCUGUCUGUCUGAUUUCUACACCUCAGAGCUCAGAGAGUUCAUCACACCGUGGGAACCAGCAGCAACUGAUGCAGCUUCCUCCAGCACCACGAGAAAGCCAGAGUCUUUGGUAAGAGCUGAAGGAACUCCUCUAACAGCGAGCAGGGCCUCCAUCCUUCCUUCCUCCUCGCAGAUGGCCUCCUCCUCUCCGGCUCCCUCCACCCCAGGGACAGGACAGCUCGCAGUGGGCAGCCAGGCUCUCCGAGACCUGAUGGAGCUGGCUGAAGACGGCAUGACGCUCACACAGUGUGGCUACAAUGCUUCAGGUCCAAACAAAGCUAAUGGUUCCUGUCAGAUCACAAACCUUCGUCUGAGCGGCUUCGUCCUGGAGGAGUCAGAGGAGCAGGCUGACCUCUGUGUGAGCGGCUUCCUACCAGAAACAACACACACCCGCUCUGAGGACAUGCACAGUCGAGCAAGGCAGACGACUGAUCAGUCAGGAGCAGACAGAGAGCGAUCUGUGGCGCUGUCCAGGCUGGCCUCAGACCUGAGCAGCAUGGUGAACAACCCUCAGCUCAGUGACGUGCAGCUACAGGUGGACAGUGGAGAAGUCUACUUUGCUCAUUCCUUCAUGGUGUAUGCUCGCUGCCCCCUGCUGGCAGAAAUGAUGCAUGAAAGCGGGUUCGGGGUGCAGGAGGAGGGCAUGCCUGCAGCUCAGAGGGUGUUGAUAAAUGAUGUCCCGGGACAGGCAGUGAUUGUGUUGCUGCGUUACCUCUAUGCAGCUCACUGCUCCAUCCCCGCCUCUGUGCGACCUCAUGUACUGGAGCUGGCGUCCAGGUUCGACCUGAAAGAGCUGCAGGAGCUCUGUGAGCUCCACAGAGAGGAUGCAGCGACUCAGCAAGAUGAAGAAGAUUAUAUGAACGAGGGAGAGAACCUCAACAACCAAACAGAUCAGGCGCUGGUGGAGCUGCUCCGCUCCAUGUGGAACGAAGAGGAUGAUGAAGAAGAAGAAGAAGAGGGUGCAGACACAGGCAGAGAAGGAGACGAUAAGAGAGGACUAGAAGAUCAAGCCGGUGACCUCACAGCAGCGGACAUAGAGAGCCAUGAGGAGAAAGUCAACGAGGACGAGCUGGAGGAGAUCUAUGAGUUUGCAGCCACACAGAGGAAGAGGGACGAGGAAGACAGUGUAGAGGAGGAGGAGGAAGAAGAGAAGGUAGAUGAGGAAGGUGUAGUGUUUACAAAACUUUCAGAAGACUGCAGCACAAAAAACCUUCUGCAGAACUCUCAAAAUAAACCAGACCUCAGCCUGGACCGGAGCUACAGCCGCCUCUUUUCAGAGUCCUGCGGCGUCUACGAGGAAGGUGAGCUCUCCACUCCGCCCUCCACGUCCUGUUCUGCUAAGACAUCCACCUCUGGACUCCAACGACACCAAACCCCCCAUAAAGCAACACCAAACAUGUCUUGUAGAACUUUGCUCCAGUCUUCAGGGAGCGUGGUAGAAGAAAACUCCCUCAGUCCACCUAGAUCUACCCUCCUGCCUGUCCCCGGUUGGUCUCCUGGUCUAGUUGGGGACCUGGAAACAAACAGUCCUCGUUUGAAGCGAGAAAGCCAAGGCCCUAAAAGUAUUUGUGUCCCUCUUUCUCCUCGAUUGAGCCAGAAAAAGAGAGAACCAGAGCUCAUAGUUUUGUCCGACUCGAGCGAGGAGAUGGAGGAAGUUCUUAGUUGCCAUAGUCUAUCACCAUGCUCGCCCCCCACAGUCCAGACCCUGCAGAGCUCCCACACCCAGAUCAAACCUCAGCCAGACCUGAGAGCUAAUGAAUCCACUCUGGAGAGGAAGAAGUCCAGUAGUUUGGAUCAUAGCCCUGGUGAUUUAUUCUCAGCACCAGCUCAAAGCUGUGCAGGAGACUGCUCCCCUGAAGUGUCCUGGUUGAUCCCGUCUACGCCCGUCCAACGUGAACGGAGCACCUCAAGCAGCUCCACGCAGACCAGAAGCAGCAUGUGCAGGACGCUGUUCCCUAAACAUGACGCUUCCUCUUCUUCUGUUUUCUCUUCUCCUGCUUUACCCUCAAGUAACAGACUCCAAACCUCUGACAGUCCCUCCAGAGAGUCUGCUCUUGUUGGACCACUAGAGGGCAGCAUUCUCCAAAUAAAACAGGAGGAGAUGGAUCCCUUCAGCGCCAGCUUGGAUCUGGAUUUUGGCCUGGAGAGAGAGAGUGGUUGUGAUGUGAAUAAGGAACGAGAAGUUUUUGCAGUUCCAAGCAGUCAAGUUAAAGUCUCACACCCUCUAAACUCAUCCUCAAAGCAGGACACGCCCCUCCACCCUCACCUGCAGCCCCACAGCAGCACGCCCCUCCACCCUCACCUGCAGCCCUACAGCAGCACUCCCCUGCACACACAGCUCCACCUGCCUCCUCAAUAUUCUGCCACAUCCCCACUCCGUAACAACCACCACAUGCAGAAGUCAGCCAGUCCAGAGAGUGAGGGAGCACCUUCAGAAAGCCAAGAGAAGACAGAGUUAGGAAGCUUUCAUCUCUCCCCUCUGUCUGACCCCACAGACCCGCCCUCCUCUUCCUCCUGUAGAGGUCUUCAAAGCUCACAUAGACACAGUGAGUCGUCUCGUCAAAGUCAACGUUCUGUCGAGUCGAGCAGGCUCAGCAACACAGAGCCUGAGCUGACGAGCAGUGGAAUGAGAAACGAGGAAGGAGACAUGAGGUGUGGGAGUAAGGAGAAAGAUGAUGAAGGUGAAAACAGAGAAGAAAUGGAAACAGAAUCUAAAGAGGCAGAGUUGAGCGUCCAGCAGAGCUUCGUGGUCAUGGACGAGCCCCCCAUAGCCUUCAACGACUCGUGGGGCCUUGACCCCUGCAUGGAGGAAAACCCGGGCUGCUUCAGUCUGAGGCUGGAGGACAGCCGAGGGUCCAGCCAGCAGGACCAAAGCCCGGGACUAAGAGAAAGAGUCAGUUCAUCUUCACCCACAGACUCAGGACCCCCACCGACGGGCCUCAGCGUCGGGCCUUCAAAGGGUCGUAGUGGCGUUAGAACAUUGUCUCCACCUAAACCCUCCACACCACAGAUGAACAGCCUCCUUGACUCCAACAUAUGGGACAGCUGGAAGGAGGAUGAGGAAGAGGAGGAGGCCCUUCCUCUAUCUCAGAGGCUGAACCCUCCUGCACAGCACAAAACGCCAGCAGCAGCAUCGCACAACAAAAGACGUCGCACCAUGGUUCCCAUCACCCCCAUGCCGCACUACUCUGACAUGGACACACCUGAUCUCAAGAACAAGCUCAACAGGUUUGGCGUCCGACCAUUACCGAAGCGCCAGAUGAUCCUCAAACUGAAGGAAAUCCACCAGUACACCCACCAGCUGGUCAGCUCAGACUCUGACGGUGAGGGCCCGGCUCAGGUGAAGCCCCCGGCCUCCAGCUCAGGGGCCACAGGCAGCAGGCCGGCCCCCCGCACCCAGACCGUGAGGUUUAAAGAACCCAGAGCGCCGGCCGUGACCUCCCCUCUGAAACACAACAGAGAGGAGGAGCUGCUGUCCGCCUCGCAGGGCUCCAACACCUCGUCCACUGCGGAGGAGUCUGAGAGGUCCAACCCGGAGCUGUGCGCCUCCUCUGAUGGCGACUCAGACAGCGAUGGCGGCAUCUCUGCCUCCCAGGUGGCGUCCCGCCAUCAGGAUCGGCUCCAGGCGGUGCGCUCCUUCAUCCUGUCCGACCCUUCUUUAUACUCUCAGGUCCUCCAGUACCAGCCUCUGGUGCUGUCUCAGCUCCAGGAGAGACUCAAAGCGUCAGGGAUCCGGUUGGGGGCUGCCAAACUGGUGGAUUUCCUGGACUCUCAGUGCAUCACCUUCACCACUGCCAAGCCGGGUCACUCGGCACCGAGCCGCAGGCGGGGGAAGAAGCCGAAGGCAGCCGGUGAUGGCAGAGCGGGGAGGAAGAAAGCGGUUACAGCUCUGCUCUGAAGCCGAGAGAACGUCUGCAGAAACUUUGAAAUGACGCAAAAAGUUCUUUCAGCUUCUAUUUGAAAUAACUUCAGCUGACGGAUGUGAGGAAAUGAAAUGUUUUUAAAAGGACUCAGAGGUCGCACAUCUGUUAAGAACUACAAACACUGACCGUGUUUCUUUGUGCACACAAAUUGUAUUUGUAUUGUAUUUUAAGUUAUGUUGUUUCAGAUGUUAAUUUUAAAAAAAGACCCACAGUGAACAUGAAAAAUGGUUCCUCAGCCUGAGCAGUAAUAAAUGUGAUGUAUUAAAGAUUUUACACACUGAU